CAUAUAUAUGCAUAGAAUAACAACGGCUUUGGUGAUGGCUGAAGGUGGAGGUGCCUGUUUGUUCAGAGUCAUCGCUGUCCUGUACUAGGACACGGUACAUCGUGUGUAGCUUGGCGGUUUACCUACCCACCAAUGACAACAUCAACCUCUACUACUACUGCAACGUUCGCUGUACCCCCGCCUGUAGUAGCAAUAGCAUUGCUGAUAUCCAGUAUUACGAUCACGAAAGCACAACGGGGAGCAGACUCACCAACAGCAGCAGCAGCUGUCUCCCGUAGGCGCUCGACGCUCUAUCUGUCUCUCGGCCUAGCACCGCUGUUGUUAUGAUCGUCUCUGCCUCAUUUUGCUCUCUCGACUAGUUCAAACUGUUGACUAAACGACGAUAUCUCCAGUCAGGGUUGCCGUGGCACAGUGUGAUCGACACCGCUACCGCCGUCCACUGCCGAAUGUUGUACUUUUCCUUUUGCCUCCUGAUCCUGAGCUCGCAACAGCUGCAUAUUAUGAUGAUGACGACGACGAUGAACAGUGCGGCCAUGUUUGUUUGAGAAGGGGAGAUUCUCCCAUUAGAGCUCUGUUAAAGCAGAACUGAACCGUUCAUUACUUUGCUUCUUGCACCGGACUUUACGUUACGGCUAUAACAAAGCGACCCACGGAGGACGUCGUAGCGGUGUAACGUGCUGGUCGUAUAUUAGCACAGCGUCAACACAACGGCCAUAAUCUACUGUGAGAUUUGACUUAAGCGCCCAUUUACUCUGUUUACCGUUAUAGUGGUGAAAUAGGUUAACGAGAAUUUAGGCGAAAUGGACUACCCGAAUGCAGAUCACGGAAUAAUGCUGGACUCUUCAUUUGAAGUUAAUGCAAUGUAGGCAGUACAGGAAUCGAAAAAUGAACGAUCAAAAUUAACUGUCAACGACGGAACGACACUUAUGUGAGAUAAAUGUAUUACUAGGAGAGGCGAUGGGACAGAAAUAAUCGCUGAUUGUCGGUAAAAUAGAGACAACACAGUAAACCGGCCAACGCGAGAGAGCAUUUGUCCGUUCCGUCAUUAUCCUCGACUAACCGAUACCAAGACCAUUGCGCUUUUAUCUUAAACUCAUUAAACAUUUCUCUAUCGAAACAUUCGAUGUUAGACGUUACACACUCGGCGGAAGCUCUUCGUUGUAGCGCUGCGGAGAGACCGAAGUGCACAGACCAACGGUAAGCGCAAGACAGAUUGGCGCAAUUGGGCUCCCUUAACUGAGUCACGAAGCUUCCAUUGGCUCCAAGAAGGGAAAUACCCAAUCGCGAAUGGCUAACUUCUCAUUGAAAGGAGCGGGAGCGAGCAGGGAACACAAGUAGUAGACGUCAUAAAAUUUCUACAAAAACGUGAUUAAAUGGAAAAAAAAAUGCGUAUAGAGUUAUGUACAUAUAGAGAGAGAACAUAUAACUGACGAAAAUCCUCGAUGAGUUUCGCGAUCUGUGCUCGAUCUAUUCGUUAUACGAUCUUAUCUUUCUUUUGCCCACUGCACCUCGUUCCCGUACAGCGUCCGCUGGUGUGGCUCCGCUCACGUGCUACGACGCGCUAUUGGCUCAAUGCGGCCAUACAUAUAUGUGUGCAUUAACGCAUGUGCGUAAAACGGAAAAAACAAAAAGUAAGAGGCGAAUCCCGUAAUCACUCCGAAUUUACUAAUCGACGACGCACUUAUGAGGAAACUGAUAGUGUACAUCUCUUCAGAUACGCUAGCACGAGAGAGUGAGUUUCUUCUCGUGCAUCUCGUUACAAAUACCAGGUAGUGGACCGCUCAGGACCCGCUGCUAUCGUCGUCGGAUCGAUCCAGCUCUGAGAGCAGCUGUGAUCGUACUAAUAAUUGGUGGAAUUUGGGUUUGGGCAUCUCAUUUGUCAUUAGGUUUUGUUCUUUGGAGUGAUAUUGUGUCACCCUUCUACAUCGACGGCACGAAACAGAAACGUCACAGACAACUAGGUCCUGUGAGCGAAAAAUGAGAAUUGACUACAUUUUUAGUGAGCGAUUUAGUGUCAUAUUAUAAUAUUUUGUUCCCUAUUGUCCUGUCUGAUUGUGAUUUGACGUGUGUGCGCGCGUAUGUGUAGCGUAUCGUCGUAUAUCUUGUCAUCGUAAUUUCAGAUAAUUUCUACCGGAGUUGUAUGUUGUAGUCAUCAUCGUACAAUGAUUUUUCACUAUUAUUGUCAGUAAAAAUUAUUCGUGCAUGUUCGUUUGUGGUAUCCUCGUCUGGCGUAAUAAAUUUUGCCGUCCUCGUACAUAAAGUAUAGCGUAUUCAGGUUGUAGUCAGGUUGUUAUUGCCACUAUCACAAUGUCAGCCCGUGAGCGUCGGUGCGGGCGUAUGUGCGUGAGGCAAGCAGCGUGAGGUUGAAACAGCCUAUUAUCAAAUCGAUUGCGAACCAGUCAGCCACUGUCAGAAACUCAGGUGGACAAACGAAAAGACCGGUGGCAGCCCAGAUCCACCGACAGUGACCUCUGUGGUCUAGAAUUUUUUCGCUGGCGGUAGUGGUGGCAGUAUUGCCCCCUGCGUCUGAUAAUAUCCGUCUAUCGAUCGCGUGUGAUUUUUCUCAUUGUGUGACGCCGUCGUCCGCCCUCUCCUGUACGUGUUACGUGUAGUAACAACACAUGGGCUCUAAUCGGGAGCGUGAGAGCCGGCUCGAGCAAAUGUCGGCCUGCGAACUGGAGUCCGCCUGCUAGCCCCCGACCGGGCAGGCCGGGGUGCCAUCUGGUGGCAACCAAACGGCCAAACUAUCUUCUGUCAAGAAAAUCAUGUCAGAGGUGAGCUUCACGAAACGCGCGGCUGCGGAACUAAGCCGUUGCUUUAAUGGGUUAGCAGUUCGUGCCAAGGCGGGCGCCUCCAACGCUGCUUCCAGUCUCCGUACCGAGCACGCUCGAGUCGGCAGUGGCAUCGAACAACGAGAUCACUUCCACGGAAAAGGUUCCUCGCCUCCUACGCAACAUGGAAACUCACCGGGAACGGGCGCCGUGGAGUUAGCAGGUCGACGUCGCCGGGCAGGAGCCGCUCGAGAACUAUGGACGGCUCUGACACGACCGCAGACUGCUCAGGGACUCCUGGAAGAUGCUGAGUUUUUACGGAGACUCUUUCUUUAUUUCAGCGGGACUGAACGAUGUGUACUCGCUCAGGUAUGUAAGACAUGGCGGGACAUAUUAUACCAUCCACGCUACUGGAAGGACUCAAUGAUAGCAGUGGUAAAGUGUCGAGAGUUAAGAGGUCCAGGUCUUGACGGGGUUCAAGCACGCCGGCAACUAUAUGAUUCAUUAGAGCGGAGAGGUUUCGAAGCGGUAUGCCUAUUCUACGCGAGUGAUGAGGACGUCCUUGAUUUCAUGCACGUCUGUCCUCAGCUAGCGAAACUCACGCGUUUAUCACUCCGCUGCAGUUCAUUAUCGGAUCGCGCAUUAGAAGCUCUUGUAGGCGCCUGUCCUAAACUCACAUGGCUGGAACUGUUUGGCUGUAAUGAGCUUACGGAUGCAGGUUUGUGGGCAUCUCUAGAUGCUCGUAUCACGACACUUGCGCUCGCGGACUGCAUCAACGUGGCUGAUGAUACAGUGGCCGCAGUGGCUCAACUCUUGCCAGGACUUAAGGAAUUCAAUCUACAGGCGUAUCACGUCACGGAUGCUUCGAUUGCCUACCUUGGUCCGCGCCAGGGCUCCACUCUAGAGGUCCUCCGCCUACGGUCAUGCUGGGAGUUGACCAACCACGGCGUCCUCAAUAUCGUGCAUUCUCUUCCGGCUCUCACAGAUCUUUCGCUGUCGGGAUGUACCAAAAUUACUGAUGAUGGCGUCGAACUUCUCGCCGAGAACCUCCGCAGUCUGCGCGUGCUAGACCUUUCAUGGUGUCCUCGAGUAACAGACGCAUCACUAGAAUUUAUUGCCUGCGAUAUGAAUGCCUUGCGGAGCCUCACACUUGAUAGGUGUGUGCAUGUAACUGACAUUGGAUUGGGCUAUUUGUCGACUAUGGCAAACCUAUCAGCGCUGCAUUUACGAUGGUGUUCGCAAAUCUCCGACUUUGGUCUUGCGCACCUCGGAACCAUGAAAGCCCUGCGCGUUCUUUCGCUUGCCGGUUGCCACCAGUUGACAUCGUCGGGUCUCUCCUCGUUGUGUGCAUUGCGUCAGCUUGAGCUACUCGAGUUAACCAAUUCUGCAGGGGCAUCGACGCAGCUCAUUGAAUAUCUACAACAGCAUCUGACAGGAUGUAUUGUAAUAAAGUGAUUAGAAAAUCACGAGCGGGACACAAAAGAACAAUAGCUUAUGAUCUUCCUAAGUAGAGGGAAAAGCUUUCGUUGUAAAGGUCAUAUAGCUGGCAAGAAGGCGCCAAAAAUGAAAACAAUGGUGUUGUCUGCAAGUGAAAACAUCAAGAAAAAUAUUUUUUUACAGGGCAUCUUUUAUCGUACCAGGAACGGGCUAAAAAGAAUGACUAUAGCCGGUCACAUAAAUUGCCUGGCUAUCUGUUUCAAGCCCAAAUAAAUGUAACAGAGGCGUUAGUCAGAUUGUGUCCAAGGAAAAAAUACAUACAUGUAAUACAGUUCUAUUAUCGAUUACCGACACUGUUUGACAUGCCAUUUCGUGUGGGCACGUGGAAGAGAUUUGUCUUCGAUUUCAGGGACAACUAAAUUCGUCUCAUCAAGUUACAAUAAUGCCGUAUUUGCGGCACUCAAGAGUUAUACAAUAUAUAUAUAUAUAUAUAUAUAUAUAUAUAUAGAUCCGGGCUGGCGCCGGUCCUUGUAAUAUCACUGCAGUGUACAAACAAUAUCUAGCAAAUAAUAUAUACAAAAUGGUGGAUAUAUAUAUAUAUAUAUAAUAUGUGCAUCAUAGGUAGCAUUUAGAAAACUUCUGCGAAUUUCUUCGGAUUUUUUUUUGACAAAUGAGCCGUCAGUUAUCGCUUUUAUCAAUAGUGCUUCUUUACGAUGGGAAAGAUCAAUUUUUGAAGAUCACAUUUAUGAUCGGUUAGCAGCUGGAUAACACACGAGUUGGAGCCAAUAGUGGAUCAUUUACCUGAGCAAUGAAAUUAAUGACUGCUUUGACGAUUGUUUUUUUUCCGAGUACUACCAUUUGCUCAUACAUGUUCUAAAUUGAACGUCGCUAAAUUAAUAAUCAGACAUCCUGAGUGUGAAAUAUUCUGCCAGCCACACUCCAAUUACUGUCAUAGCUUGUUAUCAAGACGUGAAAUCAAAGUGGCCAGUCCAGCUGAAGUUAAUACAACCUGAAACCUUCAUGAUCGGCCUUCAGUAAUAAUCGAAAUUCAAUCGACAGGUUGACGGCUCGAAUGCAGAUCACCGAGGUUUUUGAAAAAGUAACGGGGUGAUACUGCGCUCGACAUUAAAAAUGCCACUAGAAAAGAUCUGAAUGUAGACUAAUCGAAAGUUCCCGCCAAAGAUGGCGAAUUCGCUUAAGUUAGAAACACUUCCAGCUAGUUCAGCAGUUAUAAUCAUGUCAAAAUUGCAUGUUCAGCUAAAAACAUAUAUAUAUAUAUAUAUAUACAUGUUUGUAUAAUUUUUUUAGCUCGUAACACAGUGCAGUUAGCAACAUUAAGUUCAUGACAAUUUACUUUCUAGUCGAUCUACGCGUAAAAUCAUGAACUUACGAGAUGCCAAGUUGAACAUUCGAAAACAAAGCCAAUGAACGUGAGUCAAGCACGAAUUCGCAUUAAAAUUAUGUAAAACCUGUAUGCCGUAUGCUGUUUGGAGCUAUUAUAUUUCUAAUGAACUAGAAAUUUCUAGCAUAGUACGCAGUGAACCUCGUAGUUGUCCUGGCUAUUUGUUUUUCUAUCCCACAAUCCGUAGAUAGCGGAACACAAGUAUCAUUUCAACUCGUGUUGCCUACAUAUAUAUAUAUGUAUGUACACGUCAAAAAUGUUCAGAAAAAGAGCAGGCAAUAUGAAAACUCUUUUUGAUUCGAAACAAAGCAUUAUUGAAAUUGCUUUAAGGCUCUCUUGAUGGCACACCAAUGGGCCCCCAUAACAUACCAAGUUUUGACCCUGCCUCCGGAAAUCACAUUUUUUUAAUUUUCGAAAAAGGAAGUUUAAACAUUGUUGUAUCAGAACGACAAUAGCUACGAUCGACAUCAACUAUGGUGUAAUUAUUUUGAGUCUACGACUAGCCUCAAAAGACUAGGUAUGGAACAUGCACAAUUCGGGAAAAUCCAAAUUAAACAGUCGCAGUAUAAUUUUGCUCAGAAAAGCUGAUAAUAUCUUUGAUAAACUAUUCUCUAUGCCGUCAUGCUUUCCAUUUCGUCAGCGUCGUUGAACUUUUUGAAAAUUGUCGCAAUAUUUUGAGCUUGUGAUGACUUGGUAUGUUGAAUCAAAUAGAUUCCUUAAGGACGAUGCAGUAGAUAUGUGUAAGAUAACCAGGAUUGCUUUUUCAGGCCUAUGGAAAACUACGAUAUCACAGAGUAUCCAGCAUCAUUUAUCUAUGAGUGCACAGCGGACUUAAUACCAUGUUCUCUAAUAUGUAGCAUUUGUUGCGAAAAAAAUAUCCAGUCGCUCGAGUCGAUCAUUGCUCGUUGUAAGAUAGGAAUAGAGCAGUUACUACUGACAGUAAUUACUUCCGUCAACUUACGUGACGCUAAAACAAAAAUGCGCCACCUUAUCACGACUAGCACUAUUUGAUGGUAGAGGAUGUAUUUGCUACUACAACGCAAGGUUAUUCUUUCUGGGCCUCGAAGACCCAAGACUCAAUACACAGACGAAAUGCUAUGUACAAGCGACAGCUGACAGUAUUUCUUUGCAUCACAGAUCAUUCGUUUUAGGCGUCUUUAUGUUUGCUAAAGCAAAGGCUUCACAAUGAUCUGCGGAAAUGAAAGAAACAAAGCGUCCAAUAGUAAUGAAGAAAAAAAGUCAAAAGGACACGAGCUAUAGAGCCGUCUGCUAGGCAGACGCCUGUCAUGUUUGAUGGCGAGGCCCAAUGUUUUUAGCUUAAGGCAAGAGCAGUUCUUCGAGUCGAAUAAUCACAAUAUAUUAAUAAUGAUCAUUACUAUACUCGUGAUGAUGAUAGCGACGAUAAUGUUUGACGAACUAUACUGUACCAUUGUAAUAUAACAUUGUAUUCUGCCGUAUUGCACCCACGAUACCAACAACAACAAUAACAACAACAGAAUCAGGGCGCAACAAUAUAAUACUGAUGCUGAUGCAAACAACGAGGAUUGUAAUUGUAUUGUACCUGAAUUUAAUAGGGCUGUGGGAAAGGGCCCUGCACACCCUCUGAACGUGUACGUGGCACACGUACACACAAUUUCACGCACAUAUACAUAGCACUCCACGUAAAAACUAGCAAUCAGUUGUGCAAACAAAAGAACGUUUUCCUAAUGAGAUCGAACACAAUUCUAGUAUUUCUGAUUUGAGUUAUCCAUAUAAUAUAUAUAAAAUAAAAAAUAAUUGUUUAUCGCGUCUUUUCCGUUCACCGAAAUCUAAAGACACAACGAAACUGCAACACGCGAGCAUCUCAAACGGUACCUUGGUAUUACAGUUGGAAAAUAGCUAUUACGAGUGUAAAACAUUGUCAAAUUACAGUAUAAGAUGAUAACCAGCGAGCGAUAUCACUGAUAAUUCUGCGCUAAUCUGUUUUGUACUUACCGAAAUUUGUUGCAAGUGAACGUAGAAGAGAGGCGAACAAACGCACAAAUAGAAAUGGACACGUGACUCCUGUAAGAUGGGGGUCAGCAUAAGUGAAAAAUACCAUAAUAACAGGUAACGGCAACUAACAACAAACAUAGAAGUGUUUGUUCAGGUUAGCUGCUCUUCAGUAGAAGUGCUAACGUUUCCAAUUCAGUUAGACAACGAUUUCGUUCGUUUAUAGCGAAAAGAUCGACAUUGAACUCGCUGUUGCAAGAAUCUCCUGCACUAUGUCAUUUUUAUGCUUGUAUACUCGUACUAAUCUUACUACCAUUCAUAGCUGACUAUAAUUUACCGGCUUCCACACAAUGAUUGUUGACGUUCCGACGACACAACAAAUAACAGCGAAACUCGCAUCAUUAUUAUUAUUAUUAGCACGCGCGUGCAUGUGGUAUAAGCUAACGACAAGCUUGAUCGAGUCACUGAUCAAUCAACGAGGAUAUUGGAAAAUUCACAAUUUGUACAAGAUAGAGUGGAACAUUUGUAGCGAUCCGUAAUAUAAUUGACUGAUGAAUGAAUUACGUGACGGUAUGGUAUGAAGAGAGAUUACGGCCAUAGAAGCUGUAUAGGCAAAAGGCAGACGUUCGACGACCAAAUGCAUUCAUUCACCCGUAUCUCGUACAGCAGCUGCCUAUGCUGAUCGACGAAGAUCUACUAGACCACGUGCUACGAGCAGUACCCAGCGAACUUACAUGCCAGAUACGUUAAAUACAUAUAUAUAUAUAUAUAUAUAUAUAUA